UGGAGUCCGGCUUGUUUGGCUUGGCUCAUCCUGAGUCUGACAUCCAGCAGCAGCGGAUGGCACCUGGAUCGAGUGCGAGGGGGGUAGCGGGGAGCGGCACCGUGUCACUGUGAACGGCGAGAAGGCGAGGGAGUGAGCAGCCUUUCCGAGGCACCCAGCUCCGCUCUCACUCUCCACGUCCACGUGUAAGUUGGAGCCCCAGAGCCACCCGCAACUUGAGAAGCCGCUUCUCCUCCCACCCCGCCUUGCGCAUCAGGCUAGGAUGCGGCGUUCACACCUGCUCGGCGAGAGAUACGCCUGAACCCUGAGUUCCGCUGUGCUUCAGAGACGAGAACAAUGCGCCUCCGUCUAAUGCGCUACUUGUUGCUGGACCUGUUGGGCUUGUGGUGCCCUGUGCUGGACUGUAUGGCCCAGGGCAAGAGCGGCCAGCAGCUGGGGGGCAUUGUGGUGGUCUCCGGCCAGAACACCUCGAAAGAACCGGGGGCCCCCGAGAUGCCACCGAAACCUGACCGGUGCCGGGGCUACUACGACGUAAUGGGUCAGUUCGACCCAGCUUUCAAUUGCAACACGAGUAUCUACCAGUACUGCUGUGGGACAUGUGGCUACAGAUACUGCUGCCAGUUCAAAGAGUCCAAGUUGGACCAAAGCAUUUGCUCCAAUUAUGACACUCCGAACUGGGCGAAUGCGAGCAAAUUCCCUCAGAGACCAGACGAAAGUACAUUUGAUCACGCCAGGGAUAAAACGAACUUAAUCGUUUAUUUCAUUUGUGGCGUUGUGGCUAUCAUGGUCCUGGUGGGUAUUUUCACCAAACUUGGACUGGAGAAAUCGCAGAGACCUCAGCGAGAACUGAAUGUCUCCAGGGCUCUGACUGAUGCAAUGAAACAACAGGGACAGUGUACCGCCAGUCACUUAGAAAGAGAUGGUAAAGUUGCAAUUCACGUGCAACAUGAAAGCAUGCAGCCCACCACUUCGAGGAACAAUUUUGACCAGACACAGAUGAAUAAUGUGGGCCCAACCUACCCUCUGAUCCCACAGAUGGCCCAAUCUCAUUCCUAUUCCACCCUGGGCCAAGGUUCUCACUCCUUUGAACAGCAAGUACCUGGCAAGGAACUUAAUAAGUAUGCCUCACUAAAAGCAGUGGCUGAAAAGGCAAAUGAUGACUUCUUUGCUAAGCGCCAACAUUUUGCAGAACUUGCAGCGAAGGGGACCUUGCCCCUGCACCCAGUGCAGAUGCCAAUGGACCAUGAUGACCCAGUGCAUGGCUCGGACACCUACAAUGCCAAGCUACCCGGGCAGAGGAACAAAAUCACCAAGAUGCACACGCACCCACUGGUCUUCGAUUCUGACUACAAAACCUGGGACACAAACGACACUACCAUCCGCCGGCAGGCCUAUGCCAACAAGAGGCCCUGUACAGUGGGUCCUCUGGCUGAGAAAGCCAGCCCUCAGGCACAGCAUUACCUGGGGCAGCAGCCGUACUUUGUAACCAACAGCAAAACAGAAGUGACCGUGUGA